GCAUCUGUGUUCUCUAAGCUGCCUGCCCUACCUGUCUCUGCUCGAUAUCCCGGUAUAUCAACAUCUGAUCUGCGCUUGAGGCAGUAUGAGCUACCACAAAGUGAACGUAGACGGCAUCAUGCUCUUCGAGCAGCCGUUUGCCCGGGUGCCCUACGAGAACUACCGCAAGGUGUUCCGUGCGUCCCAGAAGAACAUCGAGAAGGAGCUCGGCGCCGUGCAGAACACCGCCAAGGACCUUGCGAGCAAUAAGACUCCCGAGGCGGAUGUAGAGGCUACCACGAAGGCUAUCGACGGCAUGAUUGCACGGGUUGAGGGGCUGAAACGCAAGCUGUCGGACAUGCAAGAGACCGCGGCGAAGCCGACGCUGGAUGUGCUUCGGGAGCGGCUGCAGCACCUCGGCACGCUCGAGCGGCUGGAGUCCACGACCGAGCCCGAGUUUACGCGGUGGACCGAUACGCGUCUGGACCGCUGGAUUGUGGAUUGGGCGUUGCGGAACGGCAAGGAGAAGACGGCGCGCAUGAUAGCAUCGGAGAAAGGCAUAGAGAAACUGGUGGAUAUCGAUCUGUUUUCGGACAUACGCCGCAUCGAAGACGCGCUGAACCGCAAGAGCUGUACGGAGGCGCUUGCAUGGUGCAGCGAGAACAAGGCUGCGCUGCGUAAACUCAAGAACACUCUGGAAUUUGACCUGAGACUGCAAGAAUACAUCGAGCUGGCGCGGGCGCGCAAGACGGUUGAGGCGAUGGCUUACUCCAAGAAACACCUCCUACCGUGGCAAGACACGCACUACAAGCAGAUCGUGCAAGCAGCAGCGCUCCUCUGUUGCCCGCCGACCACAGCAUGUGGCCCCUACAAACGCCUGUACGAUCCGUCCCGGUGGUCGACGCUCGUGCAGUCGUUCCGGCUCGCGAUAUAUCACCUCAGCACGCUCCCGACAGAGCCGCUGCUGCACCUCGCGAUGUACGCGGGGCUUGCGUCGCUGCGGCUGCCGGCGUGCUACACGCGUGGGUCGCGCAACGCGGACUGCCCGACUUGCAACGUGGAUCUCGGCGAGCUCGCGAAGGAGGUGCCGUUCAGCCACCACGUGAACUCGACGAUCGUGUGCCGCGAGCGGUAUAAGAUCAUGGACGCGGACAACAUGCCGCUCGCGCUGCCCAGUGGGCAGGUGUACUCCAAGGAGCUCUUUGAUGAUCAGGCCGCUAAGAAUGUUGGCUGGGUGUUCGAUCCGAAGAAACCCAUAGAGAGGGCGCGGUACACCGAGCUCCGGAAGGUCUUCAUCUCAUGAGGUAGCGGCGGCGUUCAGUUUGGGUUUGUCUGGAUGUACACUAUGACAGGAUGUAUGAACACUGUAUUAUCUCACUAUACC